AUGCAAAAGCAAGCUUCAGGAAGCAGAAAAAACAGAAUUGGUAGUGUCCCAAUCACGACAUUAUUACAACUACAAUCAUUAUUAAAGAAAUCUGUAUUCAGUAGGAAGUUCUACCAGGAGAUAAACGACAAGGUUCUUGCUAGCUCAGCAACCGUGGAUGCUAACUUAUACUUUAUAUGUUAUUUCACCCUUUUGGUUUCCGCUGUUCUCAAUAAUAGACCAAAGAUUGUGUACUGGUUACAAAAGCAAAAGUACAAUUUACUCCAGGUUAUCAAGAAAUUUAGUCAACUUCAGUUUGGCACUGACUUAUCUCAAAGUGAUAAUAAACUUGUAAGUAAGAUAUUCAGUCAACAACCACCGGUAUUGGACGAGAAAGCUUCCUCCUCAUUAGCAGUCCAUUUCAAGGCGAUAAGCUCGUACUUAUCGGAUAUUAGAAUUUUCAACAGAUUAACUGAUUCAAUAAAGUACAUGCCAUGGAUAAUAGACGAAUUUCACGCAUACAUGGACCCAUCCAACCCAACUGCCAAGUUCGACCGCUUAGUCAACUUUGUUCAAUCCUUGAACUGUCUUGUGUUGGAAUUGCUUGAAAAUGCCGGUUGGUUAACCGAUCAUAAUUGGGUCGGCACCGGCGAUAACGACUGGUGGUCAUUUGAAACUUAUAUCUGGUGUAGUAGAAUAUGGGGUGCUUAUUUACUAAUCGAAAUCAUAGAAUUGGUUAGAAGAACUCCAAGAAGUAAAUGGAAUACCAAGUGGAAGAUUUCUUUAUUCCAGCAAGUCAUUCAAGUUCCUUUAGUGGCUCACUGGUCGUUGAGAGAAGGAUGCUUAACUCCAUUCUGGGUCGGUGUUUGUGGUUGUGGUGCUUCAUGGUGGAAGUUUAAAGAUAUGUGGAAAUCAUUAGAUAUGUCUUAA